GGCGUUUACAGCACGCAGUAAAACUCCGACACACGCCACCUCUGUGUUACUCCUGCACACACACACACAGAGGGAUUGCGUACAGGUGCGAGGCAGAAAGAGAGUGACCAGCAGCAACAAACAACAGGACAGAACAGGCGACUCGACUGUCGACUGAUUUUCACCUGACCCUGGACUUCAGCCCCCCCCCAAGAAAAACAGAACCAGCUGAUUUAACUGUGUACCAGCUGCAUUGUGUGACGCGACUCUCCUGGUUGUCGGUCAACAUUCAACAGCGCUGCCAUGCCGACUCUGCGACACUCAUACACGGUGACAGCAGUGGAGGAGCCGGCCCCUCUCCCCCUGGACAAACCCGACCGGCGGCGGAAGAGUCCCCCGUCGUUAUCCCGCUCCAAGCUGGUGUCCACAUUCAUGGGUCUGAUCAUCAACCAGGCCAAGAACAAGAGUCCUCAAGGCCUGGUGGGACUGAGGAACCUGGGCAACACGUGUUUCAUGAACUCUAUCCUCCAGUGUCUGAGUAACACUCCCGAGCUGAGAGAUUACUGCCUGAGGAACAUCCACCGCACAGACCUCAACAACAACAGCAGGACAAACGCUGCCCUCAUGGAAGAGUUUGCAAAGCUGACUCAGAGUCUGUGGACUUCGGUGAACAACGAGGCCAUCAGUCCCUCGGACUUCAGGAGUCAGAUCCAGCGAUUCGCUCCCAAAUUUGUGGGCUGCAAUCAGCAGGACGCCCAGGAGUUUCUGCGCUUCCUAUUGGACGGCCUCCACAACGAGGUGAACAGAGUGACGGCCCGCCCCAAGGUGUCUGUCGAGGACUUUGACCACCUUUCGGAUGAGGAAAAAGGAAAGUGGAUGUGGAAUAUGUACCUGGAGAGAGAGGACAGCAAAGUCGUAGAUUUAUUCGUCGGUCAGCUGAAAAGCUCCGUGACCUGCACCGUCUGCGGCUUCCGCUCCACCGUGUUUGAUCCGUUCUGGGACCUGUCCAUACCUGUCGCACAGAAGAGCUCCAGUGAAGUGACUCUCAAAGACUGCCUGAGACUCUUCACCAAAGAGGACGUGUUGGACGGAGAAGAGAGACCCACAUGCAACAGAUGCAAAACUAGGAGGAAAUGCACCAAAAGAUUCAGCAUACAGAAGUUCCCCCAGAUCCUCGUGCUUCAUUUGAAACGUUUCUCAGACUCCAACAAUCGAACCAGCAAGCUGUCCACUUACGUCAACUUCCCUCUGAAAGAGCUCGACCUGCGGGAGUUCUCCUCAGAGAGCAGCGAGCGUCCCGUGUACAACCUGUAUGCCGUGUCCAACCACUCGGGGAACGCUUUGGGAGGUCAUUACACAGCGUACUGCAGGAACCAGGUGCUGGGGGAGUGGUACAGCUACAACGACUCCAGGGUGAGCCCGGUGUCCUCCAGCCAGGUCCGCAGCAGCAACGCCUACGUACUCUUCUACGAGCUGACCCCCUCCUCGCACAGCAAACACCAGACGUGUCGGCUGUAGACGCUGCUGCAGGAGUGAUCAGCUGAUCCAAACUGGGCCUAAAAAAAAAAAAACAUGGAGUCAAGACACUGCCUGCUGUUAAGAGAGAGAGAAAGAGAGGGAGCUCCACCUAGUGGUGAAUGAACGUACUGCCAUUACAGACUGAUGUGAGCGUGGAGCACAAAGACAACUCACUCUUGACCUUCCCUUCUGGGUGGGUUUGUUUGAGGGGACGGGGGUGAAUGUGGAGCACAUUUACACUCGGAUGGAUACUUUCAUUGUAGACAAAAAGAUUCAAGUAAAGACAUCAAUCAAUGUUUUAGAAACGCCUCUUCAGAUGAAGAAAAAUUGUGAUUUUUAGGUUUAAUUUUGUACUUUACAUCUGAGCUGAAACCUGAAUCCGUUAUUUAUUUUGUUAUUGCACUUUUCACUUGGACCUGUUCAUGUGUGGACACAAAAGGAGGACUCGAGGUGUAACUUAUUCUAUUUAACAUGCAGCCUCCAGGUGAAAGUGUAAACUGUAGAUGUCAUGUAUAACAAGGCCUUAUGAUUUCCUCUUUGAAGAGUGGAAGUCCUCCAGCGGAGAGAGUUUUGUGGUGUUUAUUUUUGUACAGUAUUUAUGGACAGCACAGUGAAUGUAAGUGUACUGUGUUUAACGCCAGACAAAAACCAAAGCAGCUGUGUACAAACGCAACGAAACGAUAAACUUCUUCCAGCAAUAACGUUUGCUGACUUUGCCUCUUUAGUCAGUUUAGAGUCUAUAAAUGAUUAAAACAUCCAUGUUAACUUA